AUUUCCUGGGUACACGUGCACUGGCAUUUAUGUAACUAAUAAAAUCCAUACGACAAAUAAAUAAAAAGUGCCUACAUAUUUUUCUGAAAGAGAAAUCAAACAAUAAUAAUUAACUACCCUUUGUUUAUUCGGUAAUAAUAAUACUACACAGAAAACGAGUAAGUAUAAACUAAUGAAUCAUACUACGACGAAUAUCGUCCCUCUUCUCCACGCCGUCAUUCCUCCACCAAGAAUGAACAACACCAUAAUUUUGCUAGCCACCGAAGUGAAUUGGUUCGACAAGAAGACUUAGGAACGAGAGGAAGAAGAACACAAAUUAUUACGAGGGCAUCAGGAACUACUAGUAAUACGUAAGGUUUUUUCCAAGUUUUUUCCAAGUCGUGCUAAUGAGAGGUUAGCACAAUGCAGUGAUUAAAUAAAAUCAGAUUUUACGGACCUACCUUCGUAUUAAAUUACAUAAACCACUCUGUGUUCUGCACAUUCAGGUCAAAUCUACUUUUUGUGGUAUAAUUAUACGAGCUAAUUUGAGACCAGACGUCUUGUCUGACUUUCUCCAGUUGCGGAUUUCUCUCAAGUCAGCAAGCUUUUCUUGACACGUUUGAAAAAGCAUUUAUGUCCAGUUCGCGUAUUUGGGUGUGAAAUCAAGUCCCUAUUUCUUGCCACAUCAUCAGUAACACAUCAUUUACAUUCUUCGGUUUGUCACACUCUGUGAGAAUGGACGCUUUCAAGGAAGGAUGGUUCACUGAGCUGAGUCCCAUGUGGGAGGGACAGGCUUUCUCAAUGGAGGUCACCUCGGUAUUGUACCAAGGUCAAUCAAAGUUCCAAGACGUUGCUGUUCUCGACACUAAAACAUACGGUAAAGCGUUGGCACUUGAUGGGGCGAUCCAAUGCACGGAGAAAGAUGAAUUUUCUUACCAAGAAAUGAUGUCCUUUCUGCCCCUCACUUGUCAUCCUAAUCCGAAAUCAGUCCUCAUCAUUGGAGGUGGCGACGGAGGAGUGGCCCGAGAAGUGAGCAAGUUUCCUACCGUGGAAAAAAUUGUGCAAUGCGAGAUUGACGAAACGGUGGUGGAAGUGUCCAAGAAAUAUUUGCCUUUCAUGGCGAAAGGGUUCGAAAGCCCCAAAUUGACCCUGAACAUUGGAGACGGGUUCAAGUUCAUGGGCGAGCACGAAGAUGAAUUCGAUGUCAUAAUCACAGAUUCUUCAGAUCCGAUCGGUCCAGCGGAAAGUUUGUUUGGAGAGAAGUACUACCGACUCUGUGAUAAAGCGUUGCGACCGGGAGGGAUAAUUUGUUCGCAGGGGGAGAACAUGUGGUAUCACGCCCCCAUCAUUAGGUCCAUGAUGGACUUUUGCAAAGGGAUCUUCCCCGUGGUUUCCUACGCCUACACCUGCAUCCCCACCUACCCCGGGGGACAGAUUGGCUUUCUCCUCUGUAGUAAAAAUGAGGAGACAAAGUUCGAGCAGCCCCUGCGAACUUUUGGCGAGGCAGAAUUGGAGAAUUUCAACCUGCGUUAUUACACUGGAGAGAUACACAAAUCAGCCUUCAUUCUUCCCAGAUUUGCUGUGAAGGCGCUGACCGGACCCGUCCAAUAAUGACAACGACUCCAAUAUCCAGCAGCCACAGAGCAGCCCCCCCCCAGACACACAGAUAGCCUUGGGACCAUGAUAUACAAAGUUUAAAACAUCACAAUAAUAAUAUAUAUGUGACUAUGCUACUAUUCUUUAUUUUCUAGUGUCGCAUGAUAAUGUCACAUACAUAGUAAAUAUAUAUUAAAGUAAUAAAGAGGAGCAAGAUAAGUCGUCA